AUGACCUUGUGGAGACUUUCGAAUCUGUUGGAACUCGAUUUGUCAUCGAAUUUUCUCCGUGGCUCUGUCCCGUUAGAUGUUGGGAACUUAAAGGUUUUGAUCAGCAUGGAUUUAUCCAAUAAUCGUAAUCUGCCAAGCACCAUUAAUGGCGACCUCAACAGUUUGAUUUAUCUUUCAUUUGCAGAGAAUUCAUUGCAGGGUCAAAUUCCUGAUUCUUUCGGCCAUUUAACGAGCUUGGAGUUCUUGGAUCUCUCGAGAAACCGCCUUUCUGGAGUGAUUCCUAAGUCCAUGGAGGCACUCUCCCAUCUCAAAUACUUGAACUUCUCUUUCAAUAGGCUCGAAUGCGAAAUCCCGACUGAAGGACCGUUCCAAAACUUGUCGGCCGAGUCAUUCGGGUCAAACGAAGCUCUUUGUGGUUCGCCUCGACUUCAAGUGACACCAUGCAAAGCUGGCUCUGAUCACCGCUUGAACAGGGCGUGGGUUCUUAUGCUGAAAUGCAUCUUACCAGCUAUAAUAUCUGCAAUGUUGCUGGUGACCCUUAUAAUCAUCCUUGUGAGAUACCGUAAUUCAAAACGAAAGGUCCCGAUUCGAGAAACUUCGUUGCCACUGGCAACAUGGAGAAGGAUUUCUUACUACGAGCUUCGAGUAGCAACAGAUGGAUUCAAUGAAAGUUGCUUGACUGGUACCGGAACUUUUGGCUCGGUUUAUAAAGGCACUCUAUCAGAUAGUGCAACGGUUGCAGUAAAAGUUUUCGACCUACGUAUCAAUCGAGCAUUCCGGAGUUUAGAUUCUGAGUGUGAAGUAAUGCGGUCCGUUCGGCAUCGAAAUCUGGUUAAAGUCAUUAGCACUUGUUCCAAAGAGAUUUUCAAAGCUUUAGUACUCGAGUUCAUGCCGAAUGGGAGCCUUGAAAAGUGA